AUGAUUAUUCCUCAAACAAGCCUCCAUUGCUUCUGUCCAGCUUUCAUUGCUGUUGCAACCACCCCUUACCAUUCCUUGCCAUUUAUUUUAGUACCAGAAGCAGUAUGGCUCAUCAAUACAACUGUACAGUCAGACACCAGCCUCAUUAUAACCUGGAGAGACUCUUACAAGCCAAAUGGCCCUAAAGAAUCAGUUCGCUAUCAGUUGGUAAUCUCACAUCUGGCCCCAAUUCCUAAAACUCCAUUAAGAAAAAGCGAAUUUCCCAAUGGAAGGCUCAUUCUCCAUGUUACUAGACUGUCUGGUGGAAAUCGAUAUGUGUUAAAGGUUCUGGCCUGCCACUCUGAGGAAAUGUGGUGUGCUGAGAGUCAUCCUGUCACUGUGGAAAUGUUUGACACACCAGAGAAACCUUAUGCCUUGGUUCCAGAGAACACUAGUUUGCAAUUAGAUUGGAAGACUCCAUCAAAUGUUAACCUCAUCAGAUUUUGGUUUGAACUCCAGAAGUGGAAAUACAGUGAGUUUUACUAUGUUAAAGCUUCAUGCAGCCAAGGUCCUGCUUAUGUCUGUAACAUCACAGAUCUACAACCAUAUACUUCCUAUAAUAUCCGAGUAGUGGUGGUUUAUAAGACAGGAGGAAAUAGCACCUCACUUCCAGAAAGCUUUAAGACAAAAGCUGGAGUUCCAAGUAAACCAGGCAUUCCCAAAUUAUUAGAAGGGAGUACAAAUUCAAUACAGUGGGAAAAAGCUGAAGAUAAUGGAAGCAGAAUUAUGUACUAUAUCCUUGAGAUCAGAAAGGGCAUGUCAGAUGAUUCACAGCACCAGAAUUUAAGGUGGAAGAUGACAUUUAAUGGAUCCUGCAGUAGCCUUUGCACAUGGAAGUCCAAAAACUUGAAAGGAAUAUUUCAGUUCAGAGUAGUAGCUGUAAAUAAUCUGGGUUUUGGUGAAUAUAGUGGAAUCAGUGAAAAUAUUAUUUUAGUUGGAGAUGAUUUUUGGAUACCAGAAACAAGUUUUACACUUACUAUUAUUGUUGGAAUAUUUCUGAUUGUUACAAUCUCUUUGACUUUUGUCUGGCAUAGAAGAUUAAGGAAUCAAAACACUCCCAAGGAAGGGCUAAGGAUUCUUGUAAACGAAGACAAAGAGUUGACUGAGCUGUGCGGUCUGGCAGCUGGAGUAGGCCUGGCUAAUGCCUGCUAUGCGACACAUACUCUUCCGACCCAAGAGGAGAUUGAAAAUCUUCCUGCCUUUCCUCGGGAAAAACUGACUCUGCGUCUCCUGUUGGGAAGUGGAGCCUUUGGAGAAGUGUAUGAAGGGACAGCAGUAGACAUCUUAGGAGUUGGAAGUGGAGAAAUCAAAGUAGCAGUGAAGACUUUGAAGAAGGGCUCCACAGACCAAGAGAAGAUUGAAUUCCUAAAAGAGGCACAUCUGAUGAGCAAGUUUAAUCAUCCCAACAUUCUGAAGCAGCUUGGUGUUUGUCUGCUGAAUGAACCCCAAUACAUUAUCCUGGAAUUGAUGGAAGGAGGAGACCUUCUUACCUAUUUGCGCAAAGCCCGGAUGACAGUGUUUCAUGGUCCUCUACUCACCAUGGUUGACCUUGUAGACCUGUGUGUAGAUAUUUCAAAAGGCUGUGUCUACUUGGAGCAGAUGCACUUCAUUCACAGAGAUCUAGCAGCUCGGAAUUGCCUUGUCUCGGUUAAAGACUAUACCAGCCCUUCAAGGAUAGUGAAGAUUGGGGACUUUGGACUCGCGAGGGACAUCUAUAAAAAUGAUUACUAUAGAAAGAGAGGGGAGGGUCUGCUUCCUGUUCGGUGGAUGGCUCCAGAAAGUCUAACGGAUGGAAUUUUCACUACUCAAUCUGAUGUAUGGUCUUUUGGAAUUCUGAUUUGGGAGAUUUUAACUCUUGGUCAUCAGCCUUAUCCGGCUCAUUCCAACCUUGAUGUUUUAAACUAUGUGCAAACAGGAGGGAGACUGGAGCCACCACGAAAUUGUCCUGAUGAUCUGUGGAAUCUAAUGACCCAAUGCUGGGCUCAGGAACCUGACCAAAGGCCUCCUUUCCAUAGAAUUCAAGACCAACUUCAGCUAUUCAGAAGUUUUUCCUUAAAUAGCAUUUCUCAGUGCAGAGAUGAAGCAAACACCAGUGGAGUCAUAAAUAAAGACUUUGAAGGUAAAGAUGGCAAUAUGAUUUGUUUGAAUUCAGAUGACAUUAUGCCAGUUGCUUUAAUGGAAACCAAGAACCAAGAAGGGUUAAACUAUAUGGUACUUGCUACAGAAUGCAGCCAAGGUGAAGAAAAUUCUAAGGGUCCCCUAGGCUCCCAGGAAUCUGAAUCUUGUGGUCUGAGGAAAGAAGAGAAGGAACCACAUGCAGACAAAGAUUUCUGCCAAGAACAACAAGUGGCUUACUGCCCUCCUGGCAAGUCUGGAGACCUGAACUAUGCCUGUCUCUCUCACAGCGGAUAUGGAGAUGGGUCUGAUUAAUAACAUUGCUUGAGAAAUAUGAAGUUGAG